CCCGGCCCGCCCAGGUGGUAGCGCCCGCGCCGGCCUACCGUAAUUCCCCUACGUCCCGCGCCCUCGGUCGGCGCUGCGCCGACUGAGCCCGCUCCGCGGCUCUGGUCCCCCAGGCUCCGCGCGCCGUUCCCCGCUCCCCGAGGCUUUGGCAGCCUCGGCCUGAGUCCCAGCCACAGGGGAGGAGACCCAUGUCCCCAAGGUAUGCCACCACGCUGACUGCCAGCAGCGGCACCACCGGGGACCCCUCAACCUCUGUGAGGCCUGUGACAGCAAGUUCCACAGCGCCAUGCAUUAUGAUGGGCACGUCCGCUUUGACCUGCCCCCCCAAGGCUCUGUCCUGGCCCGGAACGUAUCUACCCGGUCAUGCCCCCCACGCACCAGCCCUGCAGUGGACUUGGAGGAGGAAGAGGAAAGCUCUAUGGAUGGCAAAGGGGACCGGAAGAGCACGGGCCUGAAACUCUCCAAGAAGGCAAGGAGGAGACAUACAGAUGACCCAAGCAAGGAGUGCUUCACCCUGAAAUUUGACCUGAAUGUGGACAUUGAGACAGAGAUCGUGCCAGCCAUGAAGAAGAAGUCGCUGGGGGAAGUGCUGCUGCCAGUAUUUGAAAGGAAGGGCAUAGCUUUGGGCAAAGUGGAUAUCUACCUGGACCAGUCCAACACACCCCUGUCCCUCACAUUUGAGGCCUACCGAUUCGGGGGACACUACCUGCGGGUUAAAGCCAAGCCAGGGGACGAGGGGAAGGUGGAGCAGGGAGUGAAGGACUCCAAGUCCCUGAGUCUGCCAAUCCUGCGGCCAGCCAGGGCCGGGACCCCCUCCUUGGAGCGUGUGGACCCCCAGAGCCGCCGGGAGAGCCUGGACAUCCUGGCCCCUGGGCGCCGCCGGAAGAACAUGUCGGAGUUCCUGGGGGAGACGAGCAUCCCUGGCCAGGAGGCCCCGAUGCCUUCCAGCUGCUCUCUGCCCAGUGGCAGCAGUGGCGGCAGUGACAGCUGGAAGAACCGGGCAGCCAGUCGUUUCAGUGGCUUCUUCAGCUCAGGCCCCAGCACCAGCACCUUUGGCCGGGAGGUGGACAAGAUGGAGCAGCUGGAAGGCAAACUGCAUGCUUACGGCCUCUUCGGGCUGCCCAGGCUGCCCCGGAGGCUGCGCUUCGACCACGACUCAUGGGAGGAAGAGGGGGAUGAGGAGGAAGAGGAGGACGAUGCCUGCCUGUGGCUGGAGGACAGCUGGCGGGAGCUCAUUGAUGGGCAUGAGAAGCUGACCCGGAGGCAGUGUCACCAGCAGGAGGCGGUGUGGGAGCUCCUGCACACAGAGGCCUCCUACAUUAAGAAACUGAGGGUGAUCACCAACCUGUUCCUCUGCUGCCUCCUGAACCUGCAAGAGUCGGGGCUGCUGUGCGAGGUGGAGGCCGAACGCCUGUUCAGCAACAUCCCGGAGAUCGCGCGGCUGCACCGCGGACUGUGGGCCAGCGUGAUGGCACCGGUGCUGGAGAAGGCGCGGCGCACGCGGGCGCUCCUGCAGCCCGGGGACCUCCUCAGAGGCUUCAAGAUGUUCGGCUCCCUGUUCAAGCCCUACGUCCGAUACUGCAUGGAGGAGGAGGGCUGCAUGGAGUACAUGCGCGGCCUGCUGCGCGACAACGACCUCUUCCGGGCCUACGUCACGUGGGCGGAGAAGCACCAACAGUGCCAGCGGCUGAAGCUGAGCGACAUGCUGGCCAAGCCCCACCAGCGGCUCACCAAGUACCCGCUGCUGCUCAAGUCGGUGCUGAGGAAGACGGACGAGCCGCGCGCCAAGGAGGCCGUCGUCACCAUGAUCGACUCCGUGGAGCGCUUCAUCCACCACGUGAACGCGUGCAUGCGGCAGCGGCAGGAGCGGCAGCGGCUGGCGGCCGUGGUGAGCCGCAUCGACGCCUACGAGGUGGUGGAGGGCAGCAACGACGAGGUGGACAAGCUCUUGAGGGAGUUUCUGCACCUAGACCUGACAGCACCCAUCCCUGGCGCCUCCCCUGAGGAGACACGACAGCUGCUGCUGGAGGGGAGCCUGAGGAUGAAGGAGGGGAAGGAUAGCAAGAUGGACGUUUACUGCUUCCUCUUUACGGACCUACUCUUGGUGACUAAAGCAGUGAAGAAGGCUGAGAGGACCAAGGUCAUCCGGCCACCACUGCUGGUGGACAAGAUUGUGUGCCGAGAGCUGAGAGACCCUGGCUCCUUUCUCCUCAUCUACCUGAACGAGUUCCACAGUGCCGUGGGCGCCUACACGUUCCAGGCCAGUGGCCAGGCUUUGUGCCGUGGCUGGGUGGACGCCAUUUACAACGCCCAGAACCAGCUGCAGCAGCUGCGUGCCCAGGAGCACCCAGGCAGCCAGCAGCACCUGCAGAGCCUGGAGGAGGAGGAAGAGGAGGAGGACGAGGAGGAGGAAGGCGGGGAGAGUAGCACUUCUGCCACCAGCUCGCCCACCGUCCUGCGCAAGAGCAGUAACAGUCUCAACUCUCAGCACUGUGCCUCAGAUGGCUCCACCGAGACCUUGGCCAUGGUUGUGGUGGAGCCUGGGGAGACUCUGUCCUCUCCUGAGUUCGAGGGCGGCCCCUUCAGCUCCCAGUCGGACGAGACCUCUCUCAGCACCACUGCCUCCUCUGUCACGCCCACCAGUGAGCUGCUGCCCCUGGGCCCGGUGGACGGCCGCUCCUGCUCCAUGGACUCCGCCUACGGCACCCUCUCCCCCACCUCCCUGCAAGACUUUGUGGCCCCAGCCCCUAUGGCGGAGCCAGUGCCCCAGCCCCCAGAAUUGCCACAAGCCCCUUCACCCCCACCCUCACCCCGCCUCCGCCGCCACACCCCUGUUCAGCUGCUGCCCCGUCCGCCCCACCUGCUCAAGUCCAAAUCUGAGGCCAGCCUCCUCCAGCUGCUAUCGGGGGCCACCGCCUGUGGACCACCCCCAGCCCCCAGCCGCAGUCUGUCAGAACUCUGCUUGGCCGUUACAGUCCCCGGCACGAGGACUCAGGGUUCCCCUCAGGGAGCUGGGCCCAGCUGGGUUCGCCGGGGGACACCAAGCCCUGGCCGUGGCCCCGAGCCGUCAGAGCUGGAGGGCAGAACCAGCUGCCCGGCUGGGGAGCCCGAAAGACCCGCCAGGAGGGGCAAAGAACUGCCCUUGGGGGCCUCGCCCAGGGUCCAGCCCGAGCCCCCCCCAGGGAUCUCUGCCCAGCACCGGAAGCUGACGCUAGCCCAGCUGUACCGAAUCAGGACCACCCUGCUGCUUAACUCUACGCUCACUGCCUCGGAGGUCUGAGCAGAGGGAGGCCCCCAAGGGUGCCACUGACCAAGAGACGGCAGACAGCAUGCCUCCUGGGGCAUCCCGGUCCCAGCUCUAGCUGCUGCUUGUGCAUGCAGGAGCCAGAGGGCUGGGCAGGAGCCCUGAUUUGCACUUUGCCAGACUGGAUGGAAGUGGAGGAGCGUUCAGCAGAGCUCCAGGCCCAGGCUGCAGUACUUCCUCAGGACCCCCCCCCAGGCCCCCUUCACUCACCUGUCCAGCCCCACCUCCCCACCCCCCAGGGUCCCUUGCUCGCUGCUCCCUGAAGUCACCAGCUCCAGUCUUCUGGGCUGGGCUCCAGGGUGGCCCUUCCCACCUCCACCCUCAUCUGGCCCCAACUGGGAUGUUUGUCCCCUGGCCUGGCCUUCCUCCCUCCCAGUCCCACUGGCCACCCCAGGCUUGGGUUAGGCUCUGUGUAAAGUUGCAUAUUUAUUGAGCUUUUGAUUCUUUUAUAAAGACUUGUAUAUACUACUGGAAGGAGUCGUUUGCUUUUGGAACCCACCCCUUUCCUCAGGUGCCCUUGAGCUCUGGGGCAGGUGCCUCUGGCUCCUGUCCCCCUCCCUAUGUGGCAGAGCACCAUGGGAGGAGACCGUGGAAGAGCAUUAGUGAAUUAACAGGGCAGAGGUGACCAGACCAGCACCCCAAGAUCAGCCCCACCCCCCCUGCCUCAGCCCUAAGGUCCACCCUAGAGCCCCGCAUGAAGUGCUCCCACCCACAAGGUGCCUCAGAGGGCCCCGCCCUGGGUGGCCCCCAUAAGCUUAUGCCAGGGUGGGUGAUGUGUCUCAGGCACUACUGAGAAUGCCCCCCAGGACCCCCCUUCAGGGGAGGAGCCGCUGUACCCACACUCAAGCAGUAUCUGGGGAGGCUGGGUCUCCCUCUUGCGUAGUUCUGGCCCAACCCCUCAUGGCUGAGGGAGGGCUCUGAGGCCCAAGGGAGGCAAGUCACUUCACCUGGAAGUGGCAGUCUCAGGGUGAGGCUAGAACCCAGGCGUGGGGACCUGGAUGUGGCCCUGUCCCAUGUACACCUU